AUGACAAGUUCUUCCCAGGAUCCGAUAGUGCAGCCUCUUCCGUGGGAGAGAGCGAGGAGGAGUAGCAGCGUAGCGAAUACAUCUCUAAGGCGUAACAGCCUUCUGUCUGCUUCGCUGUUUGAAUAUUUCGCGUCAAGCAAAAAUUUCGAAAUAGAGGCUGAAGACCAACUAGAUCCCUUUGCGCCACUAUCGAUAUAUGAAGGUAUCUCGAUGACGAAGCAACUAUCGCACCAAAGAAAUACAGGUGAAGGAAUCAAUGCUGAUUAUGAAUUGACGGACAGAAGUGAAUCUAGCGUUCCAAGCGUGUCUGCGUCUAGCUUUAGUUCACAAGGAAGCCCUCGUCGGCCUCUUAUGUUUUAUCGACACCUUCAACAGGAACAGGCACCUUCGCGGAGAGCGAAUUCAUGCUAUUUUUCAGCAACGAAGAGUGAUUUAGCUUCCGCGAUUCCACUGGGAUCCAUCGACGACCUCCCUUUUGUCGACAGUGAAGAAGAAGACCAAAUCAGUCAGAGCCACCGGUUCAAGCCUUUUCAUGAAGAGAAGUGGGAGCUUCGGUACAAAGAGUUGCUUCGAUUCCACAGCGAAUUUGGUCAUUCAGCUGUCCCACACACAUACCACAGGAAUCCUCAGCUGGCGCGAUGGGUAAAAAGACAGCGCCGACAGUACAAGUUGAGGCGGGACGACAGGACGUCAACGAUGACUAGUGAACGCCUUGAACUCCUCGAUACAAUUGGGUUUGUUUGGGACUCUCACGAGAUCAACUGGACAGAAAAACUACGCUCUCUUGGUCUUUAUCGUGAGAAAUAUGGACACUGUAACGUUCCGUCGAACAGCUCCGACAAGAAGCUGGCAACAUGGGUGAAAUGUCAACGUCGUCAAUACAAGCUGUACUGGGAUGGUAAGCCUUCAGCGAUGAGUCCUGAGCGAAUUUUGCAACUGGAAAAGGUUGGUUUUGAAUGGGAAAUCCGUACGGCUGCGAGUCGGCCGAUGCAGACCAUCUCUGCAUCCAAAAAGUUAAGUCUCCUCUCUUUUCAUGGUUUAGAGACUUAA